GUCUCUAUUUUGUUUACUUUUACGCUUAUGGUUUUUCAAUAGUUACAUCAAACAUCCAGUAUUUAGUAAUUAGUAUUUAAACAUUUCAAGCAUUUAUUUUCUCAUAUUUAAUUAUUAUAUACUCGCAUUACUCAAGUCACAAGAUAUCUUGGAACUUUAAGUGUUCAUAUUUUUGUUUUCAAAACUUGCAUCAAUACAUACAUCAUCAUGGCUACUAUGCCAGUUAAUCCAAAACCAUACCUUAAUGGUCUUAUGGGUAAAACUAUAAUUGUUAAGCUUAAAUGGGGUCAUGAAUAUAAAGGCUUUUUGGUGUCCACUGACAAUUAUAUGAACAUACAAUUAGCUAGUGCUACAGAAUUUGUAGAAGGUAGUGAACCUGCUCUAUUAGGCGAAAUAAUGAUUAGGUGUAAUAAUGUUCUUUACAUCCGAUCAGUUGAUGAUGAAAAUGAAGAACCAGAUGCAGAGAUGAAAGAAUGAAUU